CCACACCAUUCAUACAUGAAAGACAAAAAGGACAUCUCACUCACCCACCCUCCUAUUAUUUCGGCCCUAGAAUCAAUUAGGGAGGAAAAGAGUCUCAAAAACAUCAUCUCCACCAGCUCUACUCGAACUAAGAACAAGGGGAAAGAAUGAAGCAAGAAAAGAGAAAAAGGCUGCCAACUAGCUCGUACAAUUUCAACCCUCGAGAUUGUUCACCUCAUAUCUCACGGAUCUCUUAUCCAAUGAGCUUGAGUGAGGUGUCAUUAGAUAGGUCUUGAAGAGAGCUUUCAUACGAGGUGCUGCACUUAAGGAUAAGAGGUCUUUUACCAAGAUAUUCUAGACUUCUCAAGGAAUCUAGGAGUGGCCGGAAAAGUCACCGGAGCCACCGGAGGUUUCGCCGGAAAUUUCAAAAGUCGCCGGAGUUCGAACAAAGAAGAUAAAAGCUUGCUAGCGUCAUUUCAAGUUAUUCUUAUUGGGUUGUACGACGGUUGUCCACGUGGCACAGACGCGGUCUGGGGCGUGACACCAAAGGUUAUGCUCAGCAAGAAGGGGUGGACUAUGAAGAAACCUUCUCUCCUGUAGCUAGGUUUGAAACUGUAAGAAUUAUCCUUGCCCUUAAUACACAAUGGAAGCUGCCUAUGUAUCAAUUGGAUGUUAAGUCGGCAUUCCUUAAUGGUGACUUGCUUGAGGAAGUGUUUGUUCAUCAACCACCUGGCUUUGUGAAGAAAGGGGAAGAAGACAAAGUGUACAAACUCAAGAAGGCUCUGUAUGGGUUAAAACAGGCCCCUAGAGAAUGGUAUAGCAAAAUUGACUCUUUUUUCUGCAAAACAGGAUUUCAGAAGAGUGACAAUGAGCCUACUUUGUAUAUCAAGAAAGAAGUACUUCCUUGGCUUGGAAGUAAAGCAAGGAAAAGAAGGUACUUUUCUAUGUCAGAAAAGGUAUGCUCUUAACUUGCUAAAAAGGUUUCACAUGGAGGCUUGUGAGACUAUAGCUACACCCAUGAAUGCAUGUGAGAAACUUUAGAAGUGUGAUGGUACUGAAGAGGUAGAUGUCACACUUUAUAGAAGCAUGGUGGGAGGACUCAAUUACCUAACACAUACUAAGCCUGAUCUGGCUUACUGUGUUAGCAUUGUGUCAAGAUAUAUGCAGAAGCCAACAAAGCAACAUCUUGGUGCUGCAAGAAGAAUCCUGAGAUAUGUAGCUGGAACUUUGGAGUUUGGCCUAUGGUAUUCAAGUGUGAAAGAAUUCAAAUUGAGAGGGUAUUCUGACAGUGAUUGGGCUGGGUGUGUGGAUGAUAGGAAGAGCAUGUCAGGAUUAGUCUUUGAUCUAGGUUCAGGAACAGUAACAUGGAGUUCAAAGAAGCAAGAAACCAUUGCCUUAUCUUCCUCAGAAGCUGAGUAUGUGGCUGCAGGAUCUGCAACAAAACAAGCUCUAUGGAUAAGCAAGUUAUUGACAGAUUUGGGAUGCAUGCAGACUGAAAGUGUUGAGCUAUGGUGUGACAACAAAUCAGCUAUAGCAAUGUAAAGAAAUCCAGCCUAUCAUUCAAGAACAAAACACAUAGAUGUGCAGUAUCACUUCAUCAGGCAACUAGUGGCAAGUGGAAGGAUUUCUCUUCAGUUUUGUGGCACAGAUUGGCAAAAUGCAGACCUGUUUACAAAUGCUCUAAAUCAUGCAAAACAUUAUCACUUUGUGAAGAGAAUUGGGAUGACUAAGCUUGGAUCAAGGGGUGGUGUUGAAAGUAAUCCAACUUAGUCACACGUGGCUGCAUUGGCUUGCAUGGCUUCAUGCAUACGUAGCAUUUGAUUUACUUCCUUAAGAAUUAUUCAUUUAUUGUUAUUUUGAAUAAGUCUAAAUAUGGUUCCUAUUAUUUAGGAGUUUUUGUUGAGUGGUUGUUUGAGUUGUUUAGCACGUUUGAACAUGGCUACAAAUUAGGAGAUUGUUAGCUUAUUGUAUGGUCAUUAUCUCAUGUAAUUGGCUAUAUAUUAAGCCUACGUUUUAUGUUCAAUGUAUGAGCUUUUGAUUGCCUUUACUUGUCUCCUUCUUCGUGUAUAAUUCAUCCUACACCUCCUACCUUGGCCCCACCCUGAUCCCAACCCCACUUGCCACCCCCUACUACCUUGACCCCACCCUGACCACCCCACCCCACCCACGUACUUUACCCCUACUGUAACACCGUCCCCAAGUGUAUUUACUUUUAAGUGGAUAUUGUAUUUUAACCUUAUGGAAUGGUUAGCGAAUUUAUGAUGUUACGAAUUUCUAAUAAUUCUUUUGCACGAAUAGUAAAUUCGCACGUGGGACCCACACCGGGAGCGGGGCCGCCCGAAUUUCCCGAAACCAUAUAUUUUAUUUAUCUUGGUCAAGAUAAUAUUUAUAUAGUGGUGGCUACUUCAUUUGAACCAUGGAAAGGUCCAGAGUUGACCGAUGGGUCAAAAGAAGCCCAAAUAUCGGUAUUGAUAAUUUAACCGAUAAAAGCCCGAAAUUGAAUUUCGGGGACUUAUAAAUUAAAGUUUGGGAAUGUAUAUUCAUUAUAAAGGGUAUAAUGAUUGAGAACGCAUAAUAUAUUUUAUUUGACCCGAUAAAAUAAAAUAUAUUUAAAACAGUCCGAAAAAUACAACUUUCGGGACCGAUUGUACACAUUGGGACACAAAGGGAUGACCUCCCACAUGAGUGGGGGCCACCCCACGUUUUUGUGUGCAAGAGUAGACAUGGGAGAGCUGGGUUGUCAAGAGAAUGAGUGGAGGAGGUGCAAAGGG